CUUUCCACGACUUCACAAAGAGCCAGCAGCUUCUUGUUUUAGCCACUGUCUUCCCAACCUUUAGGGGCAAAUGAUAAACGAAAUUUUGGAGUCUCCCGCCCAAGUUUCCGCCCAGGAUCCACUGCAUCUUAGCAACGGUACUUAGUUACCAACGGUGAAGUGCGCACGCGCACAACAGUGCUAAGUAACAUGGAGCCCGAAGAGGAAUCUCCCAGAGAUGGGAUGAGCAUAAACAGAACUCUGGAUGAGUGGUACCAGCUGCCUGCAGAGGAGGACAGCAGCCAGCUGCCUCCUCAGGAGGUCACCCCACAUGGCGCCCCGAGCAGCCAGGCAGGGGCAGGGGCAGGGGCAGGAACCAGGGGGCUGCAUCUUCCUCCUGCUCACCAGACCCCCUCACUGCAGCUAGAAUUCCAGAAUGACAGUCAGAUGUCUCCCAUGCUGAGUCUCCUGCCUGUGAAAAGCGGAAGGUCCUUUUCAGACACAACACUCUUCCAGCAAACAGAUCUAGAAUUUGCUCCUUUGAGGGCGUCACCUGACUAUUCCGCCUUCUCGGAGCGCCUCUCCAUGCUGCCCCUGGUGGGGGGCGCCACUGACUUUGGUGCCGCGCCACCCUCAGCGCACAGCACCGCCAUCAGCCACGAGUCUCUCUCCCAGCAUCCUCUGGAGCAGGCAGACCAGGAAGGCAGCAGCUGCUCCCUCUCUCAGCACAGCAUGUCCCCCGGCGACCGUUACCAGGUCACACCGGGCCGCGAGAGCGAGGUGGAGAGAGACAGCGCUGAGGACCAAGGCUACGGGAGGCGAGGGGAAGGGGAGGAGGAGGAGGGUGAGGAGAGGAGCGCUCCAAGGGGGAGAGAGGAAAAGGAUGAGGAGGAGGAAGAUGAUGAUGGGUCGUUUUUGAACAGUAGCAUUCCGGCACGCACUUUGCUGGAGAUGCUGGAGAAGGACGUGGGUGUGGUCAGCAGCAGCAGUGCCGUUUCUUCCGCCUCCGACACAGUUUUCAGCCAACUGGAGCUCGCCCACAAGCAGACUGACGGCACUCCCGGCCAAUCGGGGCACAGCUGGAAUGGAACUGACUCCAACGCUAACAAUCAACCAAUGGCGCCGACUCAGAGACCCUCGUCCCUGUUUCAGACCGGCCCCUCCGCAACGUCGUUGGUACGCUCCGCCUCAAGUGACAUCUUCCUGAGGUCCAGCUCGGGCGGCAGCACAGAAGAGGAACCUUCUAGAAACCCGCCGGCGGGGGUCCGAGAGUGCCCUCAGGGCGACGCCUCCGUCUCCCCUCCACAACCUGCUCCCCCGACCGCCAGCAGCAACAUCAGAACAGACAGGCGCGCUGCGAAUCGCUCGUUGUCCUCUCAGCAGUUGGAUUCCCCAAACCUCUCCAACGUUAGCGUCUCUGGACGUGGACUAGGCAGCCGCGCGUCCGACAUCAGCAACAUCACCUUCCGCUCCGCGGGCAGUCGCCCCGACGCCACCACUGACGCCCUGCGCUCGCAGCUGCUGUCCGAGAGCCGCAUGUCUUUCCCCGGACCUCGGAGUCCUCGCACCAGCCCAGAGGACGGCUCUCCACCCGAACCGCAGCCCGUAGGAGGAGGAGGAGGUGUAGUAGGGUCAGCAACUGGCAGGCCUGUUGUGCUGCAGACCCCGUCCAACUUCGCCGUGGAGCGGAGCCACCGCGAGCGGCUGCUGUGGCAGUCGGGGAACCAGAUGGGGGUCGACGCCUCCUUCCUGACUUCCCAGCCGCACCCUGCUUUCCAGUCCACACCCUCCGUCUUGCCCCUGUCCGGCCGGGCCAGAGCGGAGAUGCUGGUCGGGGCCGGGGCGUCCUCCUCGUACUCCCCACCACCCUCACAGUCGCCGGUGCUGCCUGGCACAGACGCCUUAGUAGUACAAACACAAGCUGCAUCCCGUACCCGAACCAGCACCACCCCACCUGUUGGGGCCGCGGAGGUCGGCAGCAGCAGCAGCAUCAUGUCUCGGGGGUUGCUGACGGGCAGCGAGGUUGGCAGCCUGCCCAGCCUGAGCUACGUGCAGAAGGUGGACGCCUGGCGCGCCAACCAGAGCAGCAACAGGGCGUUCGGCAAUGAGCUGGAGCUGCAAGGAUCCGACGAGGAUGUGAACACUCAACAACAAAGAAGCAGCGUUAACGCUAACGUUGUUACGUCGAUGGCAGAGCUUGGAGGAUCGGGCAGUCAGAACCUUCUCGCUCCGUACUCCCAACCCAGGGAGGAUUCUGGGGCAGAAGGGAGUGUUGGAGGAGAGGCUGGAGCAGCUGGUGCAGGAGGAGUUGUAGCUGGAGGUGGAGGUGGUGGUGGUGGAGGAGGAGGUGGAGGAGGAGGUGGGAGUGGAGGAGGCACAGGCACUGCGGGACUCGUCUCUCCUGCUGGACGUUCUCACUCCUACUCCUCCUCCCUCGGCACCGUUGUCACCUCCAUCCAGCACCAGGGCACUGCGGCGCGCCCUGAAGACAUCACAGCAGCAGCCCAGGCCGAAGAUCCAGCGGCCAGCAGGGAGGAGGUUGGCCCACUGGGAGAGGCCGAGGAGGCUUACAAUCAGAACGGUCAGCAGAGGUCCCGUGUCAUCACCAUGGGACACUUCAGUGACGUGUCAUCCACCCGCGACACGGGCAAUAGCCCGCUGGACAGUUUCCUUGGCGAGGGCAGCAUGACUAGGGCUUCUCUAGGUGGGGCGUCCUCAGUGGUGAGUCUGGAGGUGGAUAACUAUGCUCCAUACUGGACCUCCAUACCGUCUACGCCCAACAGAGAACGUGAGCUGAACAUCGAAGACAGGAUCCCGUUGUAUCUUAAAAACCUGGGAAUCAACCAAUCACCUUCCACCAUACUGACCCCCUUCGCUCCCAGAGGCCCAAUCAGAGAGCCAGAAUUCUCUCCAACCGACUUGUGCACCAUUAAAGGCUCCACAGGAACUCCCACCAAGAGCACCCAGGCGUCUGAAGGUGAGAGCCCAGACAAAGGGGAGUUCUCGGCCCUCUCCCAGGGCUCCAGCGGCUCCAUACCCCUCAGCACCGGCCGGCCCAUGGUGCACCUCUCCGACCCCGACCGACCCGCCAGCCAGGGUAGCGUCCGCAUGUCCAGGAGCUUCUCUCGCACCCCUCCAGAAUCCCCCGUCGCGCUCCCUGCACCGUUCCUCUCCCUGCCCACAUCGAUGACAGCAGCGGCGGCAGCCCCACACCACAUGGCCUCCUCAGGGGCAGGGCUGGAGUCGGGGCUGGCUGCAGCACCUCUGGUUCAGCCCAGCACCAGAGAGGAGGCCUCUCAGGGGGGCGCGAGGGAAGCACAGGCUUCCCAGCUAGCUCAGAGAAGCCCCAGACGGGAUCAACUACACCAGCCGCAGCCGCAGCCGCCGGGCGAGGACUGGCUGGUGGGCUCUAGGACCCUGCAGGAGAUCCGGCAGCUGCUGGGCCGGGCCGAGAGCGUGAUCUCACUCAGGUCCUCUCUCACCACCUCCACGGGCUCGGACUCCUCGUUGCUCCAGUCGCUGCGGAGGAAGAUGGAGGAUCCCGCGUUCCAGAAUGCCUCCUUGAGCUCUUCGGGGGGCGUGCUGUGGGGGAGGUCCUCGUCCGACUCCAUGUUGAAGGACAGCUCUGCGUCCCUGUCCUCUGAUCCAACCAGAGCGCUGCUAGGAGCAACGUUCACCCCGCCCACAACCUCAGCCGACCUAUCAGGCGUCCCCGGUAUAAGAGAAUCGGUCAGAAGGGCGGAGCCUGAAGGUGCCACUGAUCCUGACAGGGCAGCAGCACCACCGCCUGCGCUUCAACCAAUCACGCAAGUCCCCGCCCUUAAUGCUAACGCCCCGUCCCCUAUGGACCAGGAAGAGGACGAAGAGGCAGAAACCACAGCGGUUGGCCAAGAAGAGCCUAGCCCCGCCCACAGUGCUGCAACGGAGGCGGAGGUUGCGAGCGUGAGUGACGGCAGCGAGUUCAGUCACGGCUCUCUGGGUGCUCGGGUCGCCAGGCUGCUGCAGGAAGAGUCUCCCGUAUCCAUGGUAACCAGCCGGGCCAGCACAACGGACACGGAUGAGAGCAGAGCCAGGGAGUGGAUUCUGCUGAAGGCUUCUGGUAGGGUCUGUGAACCCCUGAACCUGAAUACGGAGGACCGGCAGAGGAUAGAUGAGAUCAAGAGGGAGCUGCUGCAGCACACCAAGUCCCAGUACAGCACAGACUCCGAUGGCAGUGCCCCCUCCAGUCUGGGAGUGGGACUAUCCUCCUCUGCCCCGCUCCUACCCCCACCGCCCGCCUCCUCCCAGCAUGUGGAAGGCUUCCGUGCCCUACGCAGCGCAGAGGAGCGGCUGUCUGACCAGCUGCAACGUGCCGCCGCUCGGACCCUACUGGAGUCGCGCGGAGCUUCUGGCACUACAACACCAUCUUAUCCCCCAUCAUCACAGCAGACUGCGCUCUCCCUCCGCCCAAGCCUGGAGGCCCGCGUAGAAGAGAUCGCCCAGAGAGAGGGCCACGCGCUCCACCUCCCUCCUCCACCUUCCUCGUCAGCCACUUCCCAUCGCUCGCUGUCUCCAUCCCCGCACCUCACCUCCAUCACCAUCGCCACCUCCCGCCGCUCCCCCUCCCCGCCCUCGCGCUCCUCCCCUGUGCUGCCUCCCCACAGAGGACUGCUGCUGCAGGCGGAGAGUACCACCAGCGUGAGCACCCAGACCCAGACCCAGAGGAUGGGGACGCUGCUGCUGCAGACGCACACCCCCUCGCAAUCGGACACAGAGUCCGACCGCAGCCUCUCGCUCUCGGACCAUCACUCGCACCACCACCACCACCAUCAUGACGAUUCGGCUUUGUCUCUCUCCCAACAUUCGAUCACCCACGCUUCCUCACUCACGCCCACACACACUCCCGGCGUAGAGGCAUCUCGACUCGGAGCAGAGCGGGAGGUGGAGGAGGAGGAAGAGAUGAGGAGGGCGGAGGUCAGGGUGAAAGGUCAGGAGAGGUCACAUCAUGAGGUCACCGAGGGGCACUGGGACAACCAGUCAGUGGCCACCACUACUCUUCUCCCGCCCCCCCGCCACGCGUCCACUCAGCUGCAGCUCACCCUCUCCCCCAAGCCCAGAGCCAAGGACGCCGCCGCCGCAGCAGCAGCAGUGGACAAGACAUCGGCUCUUGGAGGCAGCUCAUUGGAGGCUCACAACGACAGCAGGAUGUUGUCGGGUGCUCUACACACUGACGCCAUUUCGUCUGCAAGUUGGCAGAGAAGGCCCUCUGUCGAUGCCCAGUAUCGUCAGUCAGAGGACGUUGCUCAGUUGGCCAAUCAGGAAUCGGCGUCACUCCCUAACAUGGAGAUUGGACAGCUAAACUCCAUUAGUACUGCACUAAGGCCCGCUGCCUCCGAGCAAUCUAUGACCAGUGUAAUACGUUCUGUGGAGCCCGGUCGAUGCCCACAAUCCUUCACUCCACCGCAGAGGCUGACCGGGCCCUCGCCACGCCCUCUGUCAGUUUACGCACCUGUGGCUCCCCCGACACUGUUGCCAUAUAAACCACAUGGCAGUUCUGAGCUCUUCUUCAUGCCAAAGACAGACAGCACCCUACCCUCCUCAGAGCGCUCCGACACCACCAUCGAGAGCACUCACACAGGCUCGGAUGAUGCGGUUCCCCCGCGCUUCACUGUAGACGUGCUGGGAUCCAGAGACCUGCAGCCCGCACCAGCCCUACCCACACACACAGAGGGCAUCUACAGCAAGAAGAGAGGCUCCAGCAGUGUGUCCUGGAGAGCUCCUCCUGUAGGGGAGCGCGUGGGCCGCGUCCCUGUGAGCGGGAGGAGGAGGAAGACCGAGGAAGAGGAGCGACGCGAGCUAGAGGACCAAGAGGAAGAGUUCCGGCCGCUGCCCAUGGAGCUGGACCUCAGCAUGGCCAGCAUGCGCCGACACAGCAGCCCCCUGCGGGACCAAGACCCCCCAUUGGCCCCCUCCCCUGAUGUACGUCAAAGCCAGCCAAUCACAGCAGGCCAUCCUCUACUGAGUGGGGCGGGAGCUGAGCAGCAGCAGCAGCAGCAGCAGGUUGGUGGUGGGCGGAGCCCUGGGGAGAUUGGCAGCACCCUGGACCAAUUGUGGCGUCGCUUUAGUGAGCGGUGGAGUCAGGAGCAGAGCCGAUUGGCCAGCAGCGCCGUCAGCGUUGGCGGCGUCGUCGUCGGCGAGAGGGAGGAGGCGUCGCUGUUGGAACGUCUGGAGCGCCUGUCGCGCCUCAUCAACAGCAACUCGCUCACGCACUCCAGCGCCACGCUCACGCACGCGCUCACACACCCUACUCCUUCCACCAGCACAGGACGGGAUACACUCACCGCUGCACAGGUUGCAAACGGCACGCAAACGCUACCUCAGAAGAAGAAGCAGACCGAUCCAGCUGCCAAGUCGUCUGGGACCAAACGAGUGGAGAAGGGAGGGAAGAGCAAGAAGAAGGAGAGGAGAGCGAAGGAAGACAGGAAGGGAACCAGGGAGGACAACGGGGUUAAAAGAGGCGGGGCUCCGCGGCUGGCGUGGGCAGAACCGGAAACGCAAGAGUCGUCCAAUCGGAUGUCGGAAGAGCAGGCAGAGGUGGAGGUGGAGGAGGAAGAGGGCGCGCCAUUGGUGGACGUGAAGCAGGAAGAGGAGGAGCCAGAGCGGCUCGGAAGGGGAGGAGGAGGAGGGCGCUGCCCGGCGGAGAGAGACAGCAGCAUGUCCACGGAGACCAGCCUGUCCACCAUCGACACCCAGCGGCUGCUGAGGGCGUUCGGGCCCAAGCGAGUGAAGACGCUAGGGGGCGCUGCGGCUGGAGCUGGAACAGCGGAGAAGGGCCGCGAGAGCCUGCUGAAGCUCUACUCCAACAUCCACAAGCAGAGGAGCUGCAGCAGCACCACCACCACCAACGACUACUCCACGGUGACUCUGGACUCGUCCUCCAGUGGCUCCUCUCUCCCGCCGCGCCCUCGCGCCACCACCAAGAGGUCGAAGGUCAAGCAAGUCAGCAGAGGGGUGCAAGCAGGUGACCUGGAGAUAGUGAGCAAUGGAACGCGGCGACACACGCGUGACGUGGGCACCACCUUCCCCUCUCCGCACCCCUCCUCCGCCUCCUCCGCUGCCUCCACCACCUCCAGCCAGGCCCAGAGGUCCCAGAGGUCCCAGCACGGCCUUAUGAAGGACAGGCACAGCAGGAAGCCAGCCCCUCAACCACAUCCUCAUGGUGUGUCGUGGUUCGUCCCGGCCGAGGAGCUGAGGCUGGACUCCCGUAAGGAGAACUGUCCCGACGCCUCCCCCGAACCCACCGGCAGCAGCAGCGCCUCCAUCCCAGACCCCGCUGCUCCAUCCAGCUGGUUCGAGCCCUACAGCAGGACCCAGCCCUGGAGGAGGAGGAGAGAGCCACUGAGGGAGCGUCAGAACCAGGAGGACCAGAGAGGGACCACCACCACCACCAGGGAACAGCAGCGGGGCAGGGGAGGCAGCAGCACCACCACCCAGGAUGGAGAUGUGGUACUGGGGCAGCAUGGGCAGAGAGAGAGGAGUACCCAGGUGGAUGGUGGGGAGGAGGCACACGCCCAGAGACACCAGCAGCUGCUGCAACAGCUGCAGAGCUGGGUGCAGAGGCAGGGGCCACGCUCAGGGGCCAAGGACGGAGAGAAGAGCUCGGAGACUAGUGGUGGUUCAGAGACCUCACAGCAUAAAAUUCAAGCCCUGAAACGCCUCACUCUACAGGAGGCGCUGGAGUUCCGGCGUCCGGAGUUUGUUUCUCGCUCUCGGGAGCGCCUGAAGCGUCUGUGUCUGCUGAGGGAGGAGAGGAGGAUGCAGACCGAGUUCAACCGGGAGAGAGAGAUACUCUUCAACAACCCUCCCCUGCAACGCAGAUUUACACACAACACCGCAGUUCCUGCUCGUCCUAUCAAAAGAGCGGUGCCAAAGAAAGAGAUGUUCCAGAGGUCUAGACAGAUCUACGCCCAGCUGCCCGAGGUGGCCAAGCGCAGGGAGGAGGAGAGGAGGAAAGCAGAGUACCACUCCUACAGACUCAACGCCCAGCUCUUCAACAAGAAAGUCACCAAUCGAGUGCUUGGGCGGAGGACUCCAUGGCAGUAAGAGGAGGACCUAGGACAUGGAAGGACCUACGCACACUUACCUACACACACACACACACACACACACACACACACACACACACACACACACACACACACACACACACACACACACACACACACACACACACACAUUAACACAAUCUCUCUCUCUCUCUCUCUCUCUCUCUCUCUCUCUCUCUCUCUCUCUCUCUCUCUCUCUCGCACACACACACACACACACCAGCACUCCACACUUAACACUUGAACAAAACCUGAACAAGCAAGCCCCCAGAACAAACCAUGCCUUGAGAGUGCAGCCCUCCUGACUGGCUGAAAGAGGCCUUUUGUGGUCACCAAAGCAGCUUAAGCCCCAGCUGUGUGCCUCUCUUGGCUCUGACCAUAGUCCAAAAGGGGCCUUCCCUGCCCUGUGUGUCCAAAACACUCACUUCUUCACCGCCUUUUAAAGCCACUUUCCACCAUUUCUAAAAAAAAAAAGAAGAUAAUUUCCCACCUCUACUCCAGUUAAAUAAUUGAUUUGUACCUUUCUCUAGUUCUUCUUGUCGUCUUCUGAGUCUGCUGAUGAUUGCUUUUAGUUCCAAUCUAGCGAUUACCAUUCAAUCUAACCAGCCAUUCAAGCUAGCUGCUACUGUAGGUGGUACCAGACGAUUCAAUGAUGCUAGUAGCUCGGACAUAGAAUUUGCAUUGCCGACUCAGAGAACGACUGGAAGAGCAAGAGAAAGGUAAAACCUCAAGGGGAGAUGAAAAAUGAGCUUAUUACCUACCAGAAGGGGGGAAUGUCGCUUUAAGGACCUAAACAUAGCAAUUUGACUCAAGCCCUGUAGUGUGCUUUGUCAUGAAAUGUGAAUAUGUGAAUGAUUUUGGACACUGAUUUUGAGGGCUGUGACUGAGCCAUUACUCAUAGAAAAAUGUGACUUGAAAACCUCACCAGAUCACCAGAGCCUUGUGAUUGCACCUGUUUGUGUCUUCCACACCUCCCAUUAUACUCAGUGGGAGGUGUAAUGCAACCAAAGGCUUUUGUUAUUAUUGUAUGUUUUUACGUGUGCCACUUUUUUUUAACUCGAGUUUUGCAAAAGGACAAAAUAAAUGUGUGCCUGGAUGUAUUUUUAAUGCUCUUAAGAUAUUUAUGAUUUUAUCUGUGUGAACAGCGUCUAGGGCUUUUGGUGUGUUUGUUUGUUGUGUAUGAAUCCCUCCUGACUGUGAAAACUAAUAAUGUCAAUAUGCAUUUUUGUUUGUACUGUACGUAUGGAUGUAUUUUCUACAAAUUGUUAGUUUUUACCACACAUUGUGUCUUUUUAUGAGAACAAUAAAUUUCUGUCAGCUUUUAUCAUA